AUGCCAAAGGAACAAAAGUUAAUUCCCGUGUUGAUAGAGAAAGAUGAAGAGUAUAGAAAAGCUGAAAAUGAAGUGAAACUUGCCUUUGAGCAACGCAAAUUAAUUGAUAUGACUUGGAAACAACACAAACAUUUCAAAAAUCAAAGUUUAUAUGACAAAAAGAAACAGGCGGUGGCUGAAAGUCCUGAAUAUAAAAAAGAGGAAGAAGAUAUUCUACAACUGUAUCAAAACAUCGACGAAUUAAUUGUUACAUUAUGUAAUAAUAACACAUCUCUCUUGUCGCGAUAUGCAUAUAUUUAUACACGUUUCAGAGUCGAAGUUGAAGACAUGACUGUGACUCCAGAAAUCGUCGACGUUUUUGUGAAGUACAUUGGCGAGCAAAACAUCUACACGCACCAUCUUGAAGUUUUUCCAAACAAAGAUAAAAUUCAUCAAGUUACAAAGUUGUAUUUCACUUUCAAAAAUUUUCAAGCCGAAGACCUCUUGGACAAGGUCUGUGAUAAAUUUUAUUGGUACUCUUUAUCGGAAUACACUUACCAACAAGAACUCAUGUUGUGUGAAGGAAAAAAGAACCAAAGACUCAGAACAAGAUUUGAAAAUACUCAAGAGAACUUUAAUCAAAUCUUCACUGAUCUUUAUGAGAAGAUCGAAAACUAUACCAAAGAUAAGAAAUUAACAGAUAAGAUCAUUAGAGUUAUUAAAUUCGUUGAAGACACACCUGUUAAGAUGUUCAAAGUAUUAAUUAGCCAAGACUUCGAGCAGUACAUUGACAAGAUCAAAGAAAGUCUUGUGAAAGAUGACUUCUGGGUGGAGUAA